GCCCAUUACUGCUAUUAAGUUAGAAAUAUUGCCUGAAUUACGUAAUCAAAAUUGCGCAUUUGUUUCAUGUGAUAUGCCUACAUUCAUCAACUUUGAACGGUUUUCGAACUUUAUUAGAUUGCGUCGAUGUGUUGCUUAUGUAUUGAGAUUUAUAAAAGCUUGUAAAGGACAUCGAGCAGAAACUAAUUUUCUUACAGAAACUGAAUUAAAUGAGUCCCUAAAUACUAUAGUUCGAGUAGUUCAAAAGGAAUAUUUUUCUGAGUAUAACAUUUUAGAACAAAAGAAAAAUUUGCCUUCAAAAAGUUCAUUAUUAAAAUUUAAUAUUUUUCUUGAUGAAAACAGUUUAUUGAGAGUUGGCGGUCGUAUUAAUAACUCAGAAUUUUCGUAUAAUAAAAAACACCCUUUGUUAUUACAGUCCACUCAUCGUUUUACACUAUUAUUAUUUCAAUAUGAACAUGUUAAGCUUAUGCACGCUGGACCGCAGCUACUGUUAGCAUCAGUUAGAGAAGUCUACUGGCCAAUCGGUGGUCGCAACCUGGCUAAAUCUGUAUACAGAAGGUGUGUUUUAUGCACACGUAUAAAAGGUCGGAUAAAUGCUCCUCUCAUGGGUGAUCUACCUAAAAAUCGUCUUAUUCCUUGCGGACAUCCAUUUGAGACUGUAGGAGUGGACUAUGCGGGUCCUAUCGCAUCUGUUAGUCGUCAAGGUCAUGGUUGUCGUAUCGUCAAGGUUUAUAUCGUCGUUUUUGUUUGUUUUACCACUAAAGCCUUGCACUUGGAAUUGGUGGGUGAUUUAUCAAGUAAUAAUUUUAUUUCUACACUUCGACGGUUUAUUGCACGCCGCGGUAAGCCACAACACAUUUACUCUGAUAAUGGUACGACGUUUGUUGGAGCUUACAACGAAAUAGCCAGUUUUCUCAAGCAAAAUUCUAACUCACUUGCUAAUGAUUUAAUAAAUGAAGGAAUUAAUUUCCACUUUAUACCUGCGUAUUCGCCACAUUUCGGAGGAAUAUGGGAGUCGGCAGUCAAAUCUACUAAAUAUCAUUUAGUUAGAGUAUUAGGUAAUAGUAAAUUGACGUUCGAAGAGUUGUAUACAACUUUAACUCAAAUAGAGGCUAUUUUGAACUCUCGGCCACUUACCCCCCUAUCAUCAACACCAGAAGAUUUGACCCCACUGACUCCAGGGCAUUUUUUAAUUGGUCGACCUUUCACGGCAAUUCCAACUUCUGAUUUACGGCAAGAAAAGGAAUCUCAAUUAAAUCGAUUUAAAAGAACAGAACAACUUCGUCAGCACUUUUGGGAGCGAUGGAGUAAAGAAUACAUUUCAGAAUUACAAAAACGCUCGAAAUGGUUAACAUCAAAGCAAUCCUUGGCUCUUAACACGAUGGUAGUGAUAAAGGAGGAUAAUCAACCUCCUCUCAAAUGGAAGCUGGGCCGCAUUGUAGCGCUACACCCUGGUCCAGAUGGAGUUGUUCGAGUCGCCGACGUCUUAACUUCGAAUGGAGUGAUCCGGAGAUCCUUUUCCCGUAUUUGCCCUUUACCAGUUGAACAAGAUGGUUGACAGCAGAGCUCUCAACGC